AUGGCUUCAACCCCUUCUAAAUAUUAUCAUGUCCACGAGUUUGAUCCAAUACAUCUUCUUGAUAUAUACUGUUCUCCAAACAUAGAUGAAGCACUUCUAGAGGAUAUGAUCAUCGACCCCAUGGAAUAUUUGUAUAAAGUCUCAGGUCUCAUUAAAGGGGACAUGUUGAUUGACAUCACUAUUGGCCCAGUUAUUUGUCAUCUCCUUCCAAUUUGUGAGUUCUUCAAAGAAAUCACUGUAUUAGAAUUCAACGAUCUCUGCAUCUCUGAACUGGAGAAAUGGAUAAAAGGUCAUGAUGAAGCCUAUGACUGGUCUCAUGCAUCAAAGUUUGUAACAGACCUGGAAGGAAAAAGUGGUUGGUGGCAAGAAAAAGAAACAAUGUUGAAAAGGAAAAUGAAUCGUAUUGUAAAGUGUGAUCUGUCCAAAGAUAACCCUACCGACCCACUAGUGUUACCUAAAGCAGACUGUGUCAUAAGUGGAUAUUUACUGGAAGUGACCAGCAAAGAUAAAAAUGAGUAUAUGAGCAAUCUGAGAAAAAUCUCUUCUUUACUAAAACCAGGCGGCCGUCUCAUAUUGCUUGCAGCUAUUAAUAUGUCAUAUUAUAAGAUCGGGGAGCACAAAUAUGCAAGUUUAAGUUAUGACGAGGAAUUUCUCAAAGUAGCCCUAAAAAGUGAAGGCUAUACUAUAGAAUCUUAUGAAACAAAAGUUAGGAAAACAUUAACUGAUUUCGAUGAUCAUAAAAAGGCUGUGUUUCUCAUAGCGCUCAAACAGAAGGAGAGUUAAUUAAUCUAAAUGUGUCAAAGUACACUCUGUUAAAGGGAAAUUCCCAUAGAAAAAAUAAUCAUUUUCUCCUUUAGCUCCAGACCUGUAUACAGUAAUGUAGGUUAUUGAUAAAAACUUGUUUUAUUUCAUCUUGUUCCAAUAAACCUCCUUUAU